AUGCUCUACCUGGAGUCGCCAGUUAACGUUGGCUUCUCCUACAACUCCUCGCACCUGGCAGAGGUGGACAUGUACAAUGAUGAAGCAGCCACUGACGCUAAAUACAAUGCACUAGUUAGCUUUUUCAAAAAGUUUCCGCAUUUAAAGAAGAAUAAAUUUUACAUGACAGGCGAAAGCUACGGUGGGGUGUAUCUGCCCCUGCUAACACGUAAAAUUCUCGACAAUAAACAGGAAAACGGCAUUAAUUUACAAGGCAUUGCCAUUGGAAAUGGUGUCUACGACAUUGACAUUCUGUCCCAGUCUCGCAUUGAGUUCUCCUACUUCCAUGGCCUGAUUGGCAUUGACAGGUGGGACCAGUUGCAGGCGACCUGCUGUCACCUGGACGCCCGCAAUGUGACCAUCCAGUGCGACUACCCCUCCAUCUACUCCAACUAUUCAGUGGGAGUGCGCAAUGGCAACACAAAGUGCUCCGAACUGCUGGGUCUAACGUUGAUUGAAAUGAGAGCUACUGGCUUCAACAUUUACUACGUCUACGACACGUGCAACACUACAGAUACGCGGGCAAACGUAACGCACGAGUGCGUGGGCUCCCAGUUCACCGAGUACCUGAACCAGGACCAGGUGAAGACUGCCCUGCAUGUGGCAGAGGGGGUGCGUGCCCGGCGCUGGGAAAGCAGCAAUGAGCACAUUCUGAUGACGUACCAGCAGCAGUACACCUCCAUGGACACCGUCUUCCGGGACAUCAUUGAGAAGCACCGCUUCACCAAUGUCAUCCUCUACAGCGGCGAUGCGGACAUUGUCUGCGACUUCCUCUCCACGCAGAGAUUUCUGGCGCACCACAUGAGGUACAGGCUGAAGGAGGCAAGUCGCAUCUGGAAACUGAAUGGUGCUCUCGCCGGAGUCGCCUCCCGGUACGACAAUGGACUGCGCUUCUUCACUGUCCACGGAGCAGGACACAUGGUGCCGACGCAAAAGCCAGAGCAGUCCAUAGCCAUCCUCAAGGACUUGCUGGGAGUGGAAAGAAUAGCCUAA